AUGGCUGCACCAGCACCAGUCUCAAAUUCACAACAUGCUAACAGAACGGUAUUGGUGACCGGAGGCGGAGGCGGCCUUGGCCGAGUUAUUGUGGAACACUUCUUGUCUGUCGGCGCCAACGUGGUGACCUGCGAUAUCAAUGCCGAGCUCCUCGCAGACUUCACGGCCAAGGUCACAUCAGCAUAUCCUGAAAAGACGCUGGCGGUUCAAUGCGACAUCACAUCCGAAGCAGCGCUGGAUGAGCUCUUCGCACAGAUCGAGACCAAGUUCGGCAAGCUCGAUUACGUAGUCAACUCCGCCGGCAUUAUGGACAGAUUCGAUCCAGCAGGAACUAUCGACCGGGCACUGUUUGAGCGUGUGCUGGCCGUUAAUCUCAUCGCUCCCACCAUGAUCUCCAAGCGCGCGAUCAACUUGAUGCAAAAGCACCAAAUCCAGGGAGGUGCGAUUGUCAACAUCGCAUCAAUCGCGGCAUUCAAGGGAGGCGCAGCUGGCGCGGCAUACACCGCAUCGAAACACGGUAUACUUGGUCUGACGAGGAACACGGCUGCAUUCUACCAUAACAAGGGCAUUCGGUGCAACGCCAUCCAGGCGGGCGCCAUGGCGACCAAUAUCGGCAACAGUAUGGCCGGAGGAUACAACCAGCAGGGCCUCGAACUGGCUAUGAGGCAAUGUAAGAUAUGCACCCGCAAGGCGACUGUGUGCCAUCACGCUGAUCAUUUGAUGCUUUGUAGUUGA